CCGGAAACAUGUGCUAGAUCGAAAGCCUCUGGUACAGCAGUUUAUCGGUGUCUGAGGAAGCUGAAGAAGUAUAUAUCUACAGACUGCCGAAAUGGCUCCAUCUGACAGCACUGUCAUCUUACGUGUGCGCGGUUCUUUGGCUUUCUCGUGUUGGUUAGAGAGCUCCAACGGCUCACAAUCACAGAAGUCUGUUUCAACGAGUUUCAGUGAUUUGCGUGCCAAAGUUAGGGACGAAUCUUUUGUCUUCAAUUUGUGCAACAGCCCAGUGUUCAUUUGGCCAAAUAAAAACUGCCAUGCAUCAGUGAGCAGCAUAACAGAGUCUACGAGGUGUGGAGAUCUUCAGAAACAUGUAGAAAUGGAGGACGGAGAUGGGGGCGGCAAGAAGAAAAGAAAAGACAGAAAAACUGUGUCCACUGUUGUUAAUUUAGCAUCAAUGACCGAAGUGACUGUCUCAGAUGAGGAGAAUCUCACCGCCCCUCGCUUAUCCCAAAAGAAGAAAGAACACUCCUUGGAUAUGACUCUCCCCUUGGACUGUGUCGUCUCUACGGGUGCUGAUGAGACUGUUGGAAUUGUUUGUGAACGUCUCAUUGGAGCACUUUGUUCUCAACUGUUGGACAUGGAAAAUGUGGUCUCCCAACACUUGCAGGGGACAGACAUUCCCGUUCCUCAGCCUUUCCACUUCAUGCUACCCGAACCCCAUGGCCUGAUCAGCGUUGUCUACCCUGCAAAUACCUCAGACAACGAUUUGGAAUCGUGUAGAAAGGACCUACACAAGAAGUAUGAGCUGCCAGAAGAUAGACCAUACUUCAAGCGAGCAAAUGCAUUUCAAUUUCCAGACCAGCAGUUCAAGGACGGUUAUCUCCGCAAUCCACAUGAGCAUCUUAAUCAUCCAAACCUAGAGGACGCUAAUCUCUAUCUGGUGCAGGGUGUAUACAGCUACCACCACUACAUGCAGGAUCGUAUGGAUGACAACGGCUGGGGCUGUGCUUACCGCUCACUUCAGACGAUCUGCUCAUGGUUCCAACAACAGGGCUAUGUGGAGAGGACGGUGCCCACUCACAAAGAGAUUCAGCAGGCCCUUGUUGAUGUAGGAGACAAACCUGCUGCGUUUGUGGGGUCGCGGCAGUGGAUUGGCUCAAUUGAGGUGCAGGUUGUACUCAAUGAGCUGCUCAAAGUCACAUCGAAAAUUAUGUUUGUCAGCCAAGGCUCCGAACUUGCCACAAAGGGACGAGAGCUAGCAAACCAUUUUCAGACAGAAGGAACGCCAGUGAUGAUUGGAGGUGGUGUACUUGCUCAUACAAUCCUCGGUGUGGCAUGGAGUGAAAGCUCAGGGCAAAUCCGUUACCUCAUCCUGGACCCCCACUACACUGGUGGCGAGGAUCUGCAGACCAUUACUGAGAAGGGCUGGUGUGGCUGGAAAGGGCCUGAUUUCUGGGACCAGCAGGCAUACUACAACCUUUGCCUUCCUCUUCGACCAAAUAUAGUAUGAGAGCACGUGUGAGUGAGAGAGGUAGUAAGUAAUAUAUAGAACUACAGCUCUGGAGAGGAAAUGGAGCUCUGAGAAAUUGUUAGUUUCACAUUUAUUUGUAAAAAAAAAAAAAAAAAAGUAAAAAAACUCAUGUAAUAUUUUCAAACCUCAAACAAUAUAGAAAACAAGAUAUUACCUUUAAAAAAACAACAUAAUAGGCUACUUUUUUGUAACCUCGGAAGAGUUCACACCCUUUGGCAAAAAUGUCCUAUUUUAUUGCAUAAUACUGUACAGACAUUUACAGAUGUGUUAAUGUAAGAGUCAACGUGUCGGUGCAUAACUGUCAGGAGCCUGUAUAUCAGUAGUGGGACAUGUAACAAAUACACAUAUCUUCAUCUCCAAUGAGUUGUCGUCACAUUAAACAUACAACUUCUACCUUA